CAAAGAGGUUAAUAAACGUCAACUGCCUUUUUUUUGGUAGUUCUUCCUGGGCUGCUUGUUAAAAAAGUGUGUUACUUCCUAUUUAAAUACUGAAAAGUUCUGUUAUUCUGCUCUACUAAGUUAAAUAUUAUAAAAACAAACGUUGCAAUGGCGGACCUAGAUGACUUUUUUGCUAAAAAAGACCGCAAGAAGAAGACCACUAGAAAGUUUACUACCACCGACGAGGUAGCGAAAAAAUUGGAAGAUACUGCCAAGAAAACCGAAAAACCUAAGAAGGAGCGAGUGCCCGAGGGAGAAGAGAGUAAUAGCCAAGCACAAGAACAAGAUGAAUGGAAAGACUUUGAAGAAGAAAAGAAAGACUACAGCAAUCUAAAGAUAGGUAACUUAACCAUAGACCCCAAUGAGGAAAGCAAUGCAUCAAAUCAGGAGUCUGGGGCGGGAGAUCAGUCAGAAGGAGGUGAGACUGGGCCAGAUGGUGAAAGAAAAGUGGCCGGACCCUGGAAAAGAAUUGAAAACCAACAAGAAGUGGUGCAAGAGGAAGCUCCAAAACCAGUAGAAAAAAAACCGGAUCCGCCGGCUGCAACUACUGGAGGCGUGUAUAGACCUCCCGGGUUCCAUCAAAGAAAUACACAACCCACUCAGCCUCCACCACAGGGGCGUCUUCGAGGAAAUAGAAAUGCCGCGCCGGAUAUUCACAAUGAAGAUUUCUUCCCUACUUUAGCGAAAAGUUCAGACAAAAAAAAUAAAAACGAAGGAAGUUUUGAAGUUGUGCAGCGCCGCGACGCAACAAGUCGGAGCAAACUGAUGGAACAAAGGGGCGCGGGUGGAGGAGAAUUGUCGUUAGGCAACCGUUACAAGGGUCUCGACAAUGAGAGCUAGUGGGGUCAUUAUGUAGACGUCAAAAGCCCCUUUAGAACCAAUCAGAGACAGAUUUUAGUGCGAAGGGGUGGAUCAAAAGAGGGACUGAUAAAGUGCUUUUUUGUCAAAAACGAAAUUUUCUUGAGUCGAAAAAAGCGCCUUUGACAGUCCCUCUUUUUUGUUUAAAACCUCGUUGGAUAUAUUGUAUCGAUAUUUUUUAAAAUUGUCCUCGAAAAAUGUAAAUUUUGCUUCCUAUUUUUCGACAUCGACGACUGUGAAAGACUUGUGCCGUUUACCUCAUUUUUUCCGUUUUACGUUUUUUGGGGAACAUUUUAACUUUCGUUGUAACUUGUACAUCCCAAAUUAAUGAAAACAUGUUCAUAUCUCAAACAUAAUGUUUUUAAAAAUGCCAAAAUAAAUAUGGUAUAUAAUUUAAUUUUCUUUUUUAUAUUAUAUUGCUAUAAUAGUGUUGUUACGGUGAGUUAACCGAGUGCUAUUAUUUAAUUAUUCAUUUUUAUUGGUUAUAGUUAUUCUGUUUGAGAUUUUUCUCCUCUAAAUCAUAUUGUGUUGAUAUUUUUUUUUGAUUAUUAUUUGAUAAAUGAACAUUAAAUUUGUAAGUUUUUUAUUUUUAAAUUAUAAUUACUUAUUAUUUUGGAAA